UGUCGCCACAAACAUUACUCUACCAUGAGACUUCGCUGGAUUAUUCUUAUUUGCACAAUACUUGUUGGCAUCGUGUGGUGUUGGGAUGUACUCGCAGAUAUGGGCUCCAGACGUUUAGGCAAAGACGGAUACGUUUUCAAAAAUGAAUACAUUUUCGGAGAUUGCAAGAAUCCUAAGAAGAUUUAUUACGAAAAACAUCACAAGACAGUUCAAGAAAUCCAGCGGGCAUCCAUCAUUAGGGAUUGGCUCUAUUCUAUUACCAGAAUCCCGACAUGCAUUAUUUUAGAGCCUCAUCAUAUGAAACCAACGCGUUUCGUCUCACGUAUUAUAAUUUCGAAAUCUGCGUACCCCGAGUAA